GUGGGUUUGUCUGUGGUCUGUGCAGGAAUUGAAAUCGCUGUGUGAAUCUCAGUUUCCGCGGCAUAGAUUGUGCUUGUAUUUUUCUAAAACCAAAGGGGUUUAAAGAGGAAGGAAAGAAAACGUCAAGGAAGAAAAUGAAAACAAGAAACCGAAACAAGGGGACGGCGAGACGCUCCACCCGUAACAAUGAAGCAGGCGGGGCAACUGAGGAAAUCUCUCCUGACCCGAAGACGCACACGGAAAUCGAACAUUCCCAAAUUAAAAGGGAGGCUCUUGAUGUGCAGUGUGCCAACAUUAAUGGGGAGGCCACUGAGCUGGACUGCAGCCACAUUAAAGGGGAGGCCACUGAGCUGGACUGCAGCCAUGUUAAAGGGGAGGCCAUUGAGCUGGACUGCAACCACAUUAAAGGGGAUGCCACUGAGCUGGAGCCUGUCCCCACUAAAGAUGCUGCUGUGGGCAUCAAAUCUAAAAGGGCUCGGAAGCCGUGUCUGUGCUCCGAAUGCGGGAGGAGUUUCGGUAAACUAGGAGACCUCCGGAGACACCAGCUGAUCCACACGGGAGAGAAACCGUUUCCCUGCUCCGACUGUGGCAAGAGCUUCCGACGCAAGACCCACCUGAGCUCCCACCGGCUCAUCCACACGGGAGAGACUCCGUUUCCCUGCUCCGACUGCGGCAAGAGCUUCCGGCACUCCGGCAACCUCCAGAAGCACCGGCAAAUCCACACAGGAGAGGUUCCGCAUGUCUGUGAGGAGUGCGGGAAGGGAUUCCGACAGUCUGGGCAUCUGAAACUGCACCGGAGGACCCACAGCGGGGAGACUCCAUACGAGUGCAUUGACUGCGGGAGGUGUUUCGGGCGGCUCCAGUACCUCCGCGUUCACCGGAGAUCCCACACCGGCGAGAGCCCGUACUACUGCAGCGACUGUGGGAGGCUUUUCAGAAGCCUGGGCAACCUUCAGUCCCACCAGAGGAUUCACACUGGGGAGAAGAAUUACCACUGCUUGGAGUGCGGCAAGGCGUUCCGCCAGUCCAGCGUGCUCAAGAUGCACCAGCGCACUCACACAGGAGAGACGCCUCACAGCUGCCCUGACUGUGAGAGAAAGUUCCGGAGUGCCGGUGGCCUUGCAGUCCACAGACGUGUGCACACGGGAGAGAGACCAUACAGCUGCUCUGAGUGCGGCAAGAGCUUCCGAGAAUCUGGCGUGCUGAAGAGACAUGAGAGAAUUCACACAGGAGAGAAGCCCUACAGUUGUACGAAGUGCGGUAAGAGCUUCAGCCAGCUGACCUCAUACAACACACACCAGCGCCUCCACACGGAGGAGAAGGGGUUCCACUGCCCCGACUGCGGGAGGAGCUUCCGACACGCCAACACCCUGGCGGGACACCGGAGGAUCCACACGGGAGAGACUCCGUACGAGUGCACGGAGUGCGGGAAGCGGUUCAGGAACCCAGACAACUUAAAAGUCCACCAGCGGGUUCACACUGGAGAGAAGCCCUACAGCUGUGGGGAGUGUGGGAGGCGCUUUGCCACGGCCACCAACUUGAAGACCCACCAGCGCACCCACAGCGGCGAGAAAGGGUACGUCUGCUCCGACUGUGGGAAGAUGUUCACUGAGCCGCACCACCUCAAAUCUCACGCCCGACUCCACACGGGAGAGAAACCGUUUCCCUGCUCCCAAUGCGGGAAGAAGUUCCGACACUCCUACGGGCUUCAGACUCACAAGAGGAGUCACAGCGAGGAAGCCCCUUACCACUGCCCCGACUGCCCCAAGCGGUACAAGCACCUGGGGGGCUUGAAAACCCACCGCCGCCUCCACACGGGGGAGAGACCAUACAACUGCAGGGUGUGCGGGAGGAGCUUUAAUCAGGUGACCAAUCUGAAGACCCACGAACGCCUUCACACGGGAGAGAGGCCAUACAGCUGUGCCGACUGUGGCAAGAGCUUCAACGAACAGCACCAUCUAAAAACACAUCGGCGCAUUCACACUGGAGAGAAGCCCUAUCCCUGCUCCCAAUGCGAUGAGACAUUCAGACACUUGAACAGCCUGCGAAGGCACGAGAGAGCUCACAGGGAGUGAGCUGUUUUGAAUCACGCAAGCAAUUUCACACUUAGUUAUGCCAGUGUAUUACAGCUACGGCCAAAAGUUUUGCAUCAUCACCCUAUAGAAGGAACUAAAUUGUCUUCAUAAAGUCGAAUGAAUCCUGCUGAAUAAUGUCACUUUUAACAUAUUGAAUUGCAUACCCUUAGUAGUUGUCCAUGUACUUGGCGUAAAAAACCUUUUUUUGGAUUACAUACAUUGUGAUUUUUGUUAAAGCAGAAAGUGGAUAUUUGUCUGAUUUUGUUCAAUUAUAUAUAGCUUUAGUAGCAUUUUUAACCCUUAGCAGUCCAUUUAUUCAGCUCGUCUCAGGCGCGUCCGGUCCAAUUUAUUUUCACACGCGCAGUUUAUUUUAGACGUGCUGUUUAAAUGUUUUUUUUCACAGUAAAACAGGUUUAAAAGGCUCUGCAUAUCAACAGGACACUCAAUACUGCAUCUCCAGCCCCGACCCACCCCUUGUUCGCUAUAUUUUUCAAAUACCUCUUAAUAGUGCAUACCGAUACAUCAUCUCUUGAUCACUCGUUUUAUCACCAAACUCCUCAAUAAUGCGAUCCAAGUCAUUAUUUUAUUACUAUAACAUCUAAAAAAAAACCUCUGCAAAUGUCUGUGAUGUUCUUUUGAAUGCUGGAUGCAGAAGCAGCUAUCUUGUUUGUUUAUGUCCGUGUUAUCUAUGUGGUGUCGGGGCUAUGAGUAUUCAUGAGAUAUACCUUUUUCUGCCAUUGAAUGGUUUUGUCUGCUUUUCCGGGGGAAAAAAUGACUAGAGACCUGUUUUUUUGCGUCUUUUUGAUGAUGUUGGACAGUGUCCGACAUUGGACAGGAAAGGGAAAAUUGCGAUGUCGGACCAGGUCCGUCAUAGGACCGCAAAGGGUUAAGCAGUGUAUAUAUAAUCUGAAAUAAAAACACAUUGGAAAUGUGAAAUGCAAAGUUAGCAAAAGUGCCCAGCCAUUUAAAGUAGAUAUAUCAAAAACACAAGCCACAUUUCAGGAAACUAUUGGGGCAACCUUGCCCAGCACAAAGCAAAUAGGCACAACUGUAAAACCGAUGGGGGUCAAGGUUGCCCCAAUUGUUUCUACUAACUUGGCUUGUGUUUUUCAGGCACACUAUAAAAGCGGCUCAAAUGCAUAAAAAACACAAACCAAGUUAAUAGAAUCAAUUGGGGCAACCUUGCCCACCCCCAAUUGUGCCUAUUUACUUUAAAUGGCUGGGCACUUUUGAUAACUUGGUGGAUUUUCACAUUUCCAAUGUGUUUUUGUUUCAGAUAUGUUACUUAAGCGAUAGUGCCCAUCAAUGAAGGCUCUACCGUCUGACAGUGUCCACAACUGGAGUUAUGCGUCCUGAGCCGAAGACGAUGGCGCUAACGAAAGUCGAGGUCCACUACCCCACGAUAUAGCCUUCAUUGAGAGGGCACCGUCGCAGUUAGAAAACAAGUCUCAUUAUUUUCUAUUAAAAAAACACUUUGAAACCAACAUUUAACUUGAACUGGUAAUGAUUCGCCGGGUACCCUCCAGCGAAGAAGUUUUAGGAUAGUAGCCCCAAAAAUGUUCAUAAAGGAUCGCACACAUAAUUUGAGAAACAAAAUUUACUUUAUUAAAACAAAUAAUGCUUUGUUUUUGUUGAAAGAUUCUGUGUCUGAGCUGCAGUCAAGUGGACAGGCUGUGAUUGGCUGACUCGGCAGUUACAGGUGCAGGAUUGAUUGCUUUUGUCGAUGCAAAGUAUUGAUUGGCUGGUUUUGGGUGGAUAAGAAAUGUAAUUUGUAACAAUUGUGUGUUUGUUUAGUAUUUGCUGUCCAAUAGAUGUGAACUAAGCUUAAAUACAGCAAGUCAAAAUGAAAAAGCCAGCACUUGUGCAGAUUGAUUUUAAAUUUGAUUCACAGGUUAUGUGGUGACGUUCCAGCAGGUAUCUACUGUGUAGUAAUGCCCACUAUAGCUGGAAGCUGACUGGCUGAUUAUACUGAAUAGUUUUCAAAUGUUUUUUUUUUUUUUACUGCAAGUGUUUCUUAGCACUAAUCCACACUAUGUGACUGUUGUAAUACGUUUAUACAGCGUAAAUAAAUCUGUCAAGAAAGUAGCAGAUUACAACUUCACUAUAUUUUACUACCCUUGGUAGUCAUGUUUAGAAAUAAACCCAGUGAACGAUAUCUGUUUAUGUUUGUCAUCUGUAAUUGCAAGACAGAGGUUUCAAUAAAUGCUUGAUGCAUUAUUAUAAAUCGUUGAAUGUUUUUCCCUCUGUAAUGAUGGCAUCCUUGCUGGCGAACACAUUUUUCUUGGAGCAGGCCUGGGCUCUGUUAUAAUUACAUUUACAACUACAGCAGAAUUGUUUGCUGAAAUGGCAAUUCCAGUAGCAAUCACGCUGCAGUUCUAAUUCCAUUUAGGGCUGCAACGAAGGGUGCAUUUUGACCUUUGAAGGUUCGGAACAGAUAACCGAAGGAUGGUACUAAUUUGCAUAAUUUACUGGUGACGUUACCAUAGCUACUUGUUUAUAUUUGAAAAUCCUAUUAUUUUACAGGUAAGCCAUAUACAUGGAAUAAAACAUUCAUAUGUAGUUUAAAAAUACAUUAUGUAGAACAGUAAUCAUGUUUUUAUAAUUGAAAUAAAAAAAUAUAUAUACAUUGUUUAUUUACACGUAAUUGAUGCUGCUUGCGCAUAAGCUUGCAUUGCAGCAGCAUGAACUGCAGCGGACUGAGGCAGAACAAAGUAAUUUAACAGUGACCGUUCCAAGCAGGUUAUCGGUCACAGUUACGUUUUACUACUACUAAAUAUAUUAAUAAUAAUAUGAACUUAUGAUUGUAAAGUGACCCCAGAGAUUGUAUGUGCCUCCGUGAAAUCCCAAACAGCAGAGUGGUUUCGAGACAUCUUUCAAUACAGCUUAUGAUAUCGCUUUGCUGUCGAGAUGGUGAAUGAAGAAAUUUGCCUCUGGUUAACACGGGCUGGAGGUGGCAGGGGCGGACGGUGCUCAGUUUUUUUCUAAAUUUAAAUUGUUAGUGUUCGCGUAUAUUUUGUAUGUUUCAAACAUAUUCUUCCACAGCACUUCUCGUACACUGUCUUGUAGACGAGGUAUUCAGUACGUAG